GCAGAGGUUGAAAGGAGGAAGGUAAAGGAGGAGAUAUCUGCCACCAAGUUCAUCUCCAUAAUGGCAGAUGGAUCCACAGACAGUAGUGUAAUGGAAGAGGAGUUGGUCUACACUAGAAUGAGCAGAGCAGGAAAAGUCAAGGUGCAGUUUGUGGGGAUCCAGGCAUUGAAAAAGGCAGAUGCAACACAUAUAACAGAUGCAAUAUGCUCCCAGAUGUCUGCAGUCAGUGGUGGUGAGGAGGAAUGGAAGGAAAAGCUAGUUGCUUGUGGGACAAAUGGAUCGGCCGUUAUGACAGGAUCCAAGACAGAAGUUGUCAGCAGGCUUCGUGGGGAAAGGACGUAAAUUUUAGGAGUCCACUGCAUGGCACACCGCCUUGAAUUGGCAUUUAAAGAUGUAAUGAAGACCAACAGUCAUUGUAGGAAAGUUGAGGACCUCUUGACUGGCCUGUUCACCCUUUAUCACAGGAGCCCACUGAACAGAGCCAAAUUAAAGGACAGUUUCUCAGUGCUAGGGAUAAAACCACUGAUGCCCACCAGAGUAGGAGGUACAAGGUGGGUAACUCACCUAUUGAGGGCCUUGGACCAUUUCUUAAGGGGGUUUAAGGGGAUUGUUCAGCACCUUGAGCAGGUAAGUAGUAGCUUAUAUGUAAUGUUAUAUAUUAUUUAUCUGUCAACAUUUUGAUUUUAACAUGUAAAAUGCAGUUCUUCCAUUUCCAGUUUAAUUAAUUUUGUUCUUGUUUUCUAAAGAUGCAGUCACUAGACAAUGAAGGGGUAAAUGCUGCUCAACAGAGCAAGGCACGAGGGUUCUACAAGCUGGUGACAGAUGGAGAUGCUCUUAAGUUCAGCAGUUUCCUGCAUGAUACGUUGACUCAUCUUUGCAACCUGUCAGUGAAAUGGCAGCAGUAAUGCUUAACAGUAGCUGACGUCCACAGUUGCCUGACUUCCACCCAGGCUGUGAUCCUCAAAUAUAAAUACGGGUAAUAUAAUUAUAUUAUAAUUAUACGAUUUAAUAAUUAUAUUUAUUACUGUUUAUAGUUUUAAAAGUAUUUUUAAUCUUUGCUUCAGCUUGAAAAGUGGUUUUCUCAUUCCUAAAACCUAGUCCAAUUUUACCUCCUAAUAUGUGAGCUCCCUCUUGUCAUGACUCUGUCCUGACACACAUGUAUUAAAUUAAUUUAUUCUGAUAAAGGCAAAACGCUCUUUAAUCACAUAGCAUGUAUCCAAUGAACCACUCAUUGUGAUUUUAUUGUAAUGAUUAAAACUGUAGUCUUGAUGUACAAAUCCUUUUGAAAAAAGUAAACUAAAACUUAAAACUUUGACUACAGACCUGGACCGAUGCUGAGGAAGGUGUUGGAUUCCAACAAUUACAUGGGUGUUAACCUGAGACAUAGUGACACCAGCCACAUGAUGGCUAACAAAGACAAACUCCUGGACAAGCUGUCCGACUGCAUGGACAACAGAUUUGGGGAUGUGGGGUCUGGAAUCCUGAGCGAUACAAAGAUAGUUAGCUUCCAACAAUGGCCUGAUCCAGAAAACAGUGCAGACUUUGGUGAUUCAGAAGUGGACAGGCUCACAAGUCACUUCAAGCCGAUAUUGAUCUCUUCUGGAGUUGAUGUCGAUCUGAUUGCAGACCAGUGGACCAUCAUCAAGUCCUGCCUCUACAAGGAGCCACAGACACUGGAGAAAAUCACCUGGGCUGAAGUUAGGAUGCUGAGGGAGACAUGCCCUGACUUCCUGGACCUUGUGGAUCUGGUGUUAUGCAUGCCUGCAUCAACAGCAGACUGUGAGCGUGGGUUUAAUGUAAUGAAGAUGGUGAAGUCUGAUUGGCGGUCCAGUCUCAAAUGUGAGACACUGUCUGACCUGCUCUUUGUCCAUCUGUCCUCCCCCUCAAUCAAAGACUUUGACCCUAGCACAGCAGUUGAGAUGUGGCAUGCCAGCAGCAUACGGUCAAUGAGACCAGACCUCAUGGAAGAUGCAGCUGCAGCAGAGGUGGAGGAAGAGUAGUGCAUCUGCCCCUUUUUUGUGGACUCAGAUUAGCAGCAGUCAGUAUAUAUGACUAUGACAUAUGAAUAUGUAGUGUGACACAGCAAAUCAAUUAAUUAAAAAGAUUUAAAAAAAUUAUAGUCUAAGAGUUAAUAUUACUUAUAAUGAUUUCGUUAAUAACUUGAAAUCACUUAAAUGUGUAGUCUUACAAGUUAAAGAACAAUUUUUGUGUGAUCUCUAUUUUUCACCUUUAUGAGGCAAAAAAAAAAAUGGCUGGUAAAAAGUUACUCUGGCAGGUGGAUUU